AUGCCUCACACACGCGACGCCGACAGCGCAUCAUCCAGCGGCCAAUCAAAACGACCUCCCCUCAACCAUCAGGAGAGCGACUCCCAGAGCGAUACGAGCGGGCUGCAACACCAGCAGCAGCAUCACCGCCAGCACCACCGUCACCAGCGACACCAUCCCGUCGGUCGCCUGCACACCGCCCGCGCGCCUGCUGCAAAGACUGCUCCCAAGCAGCCUAAGCUCCACCGCCGCCACACCUCGCCUCCCGAUUCUGAGGCUCAACAGCUGCGUACAUCUGCCUCAACCUCCACCGCCGGAGCCAGUGCCAGUUCCCAUCGUCGCGCCGCCAGCGACGUCAGGCUGUCCUCCCGCGACUCCUCGUCGGCAAACCUCACCAAGAGUCCUUCGCACUCCAAGCUCAAGCGCAAUCGCUCGCAUGUCGAGGUCGCCAAGCGCUCCAAGUCCUCGGACAAACUGAAGCGCGCCGCCAGCACCACCAUCGUCUAUCAGGCACGAGCCGCCAGCAAUAGGAAUCAGGUCCACUUCGACCUGGGUACUGACGGUCAGGACGACGAAUGGGUCGACGCGAGUGGGUCUAAUUCGCCCUAUCUCUCACGGAAGGGCUCCCUCAACAGCAGUGCUCAUUCCUCGCUGCCUCAAGGCGCGAGCGCGGCCAGCUCCCGGCCAGUAACUCCUAACGAACCCGACGAGCCUCAGCAACCCGACAUGUCCAGCCCCGAGCGAGCACGGGCACACCACAAAGAGUACCUAACUUCCCGCCUUCUCCAACGCACCCCAUCCCACGGUGCCCCUCCCCAGAUGACCGCCGAUCUCGCUCAGGUCGCGCCGCGACAAUUCACCCCUGCUUCGCCCGACGACCCAGACUCGACUACGCUCAUGGGCAGUACCCAAGACGAGCUGACGUCGCGCUUCGUCGAGGCAGCCGGCUCCGGACUGACCAGUGAGGGAUCUUUCUACCGACCUCCCCGUGGCGACUUUUCCCGAUACGACGAAACCAACCGAAAACCUCGCUCCAUCGCCAGUCUUCCCGCCGGGCGAGAUGUUCCCGAGAUUGCAUUGGCGGCCGACGAGGUCGACGACAGUGCAUUGGCGCCCAAGGCGCCCCGACGAACAGUCGCCCCGUCGGCGCAGGCCUCCCGGACGCAACAGAAACUAAACCUACAACGUGCCAGCUCCGUCAUCGAGCCGGGCCAGGCUGUCAGCGGUGUUGGUGGAGUAGUCGGUGCCAACUCGGGAAUGGGCGUCGGUGGGCCGGGAUACGACGGAGGAGGCAGUCGUGAUCCCAGGAUCAGCAAACUCCUCGAGCGCACCGGCCUUGAGUACCUUGUGGUACGAAGGUAUCAGAACUCGGUCUCACGGUCUCUCGACCGCCUUAGCCAGUUACCCGGCCUGGAGAAGUCACAACGCAUUCCCCGCAUCAAUACGGCCGCGGCCAACGGCAAGAGAACCGCCGAUCUCACUAUGCGUCACGCGAGAAACGUCAGCAUGCCCGAUGCUCGACGGCCCGUCACUCCCCGCCGUGCCAAUUCUAUCCGAACCAACGGCGCAGCGUCGAGUUUUGAUGGCGAAGACGAGACCCGCUUGAACGAAAGACUUAGUGGGUCAAGCCUCGUUGGCGGCUCGGAGGAGGACGGCACAGCAGCUGUGCUGAGAAACCUCUGGGAGAAGUCGAUGGAGCUGAGCGCCAGCCAUUGA